AUGAACUCAACAACAGUCGAAUCAUGGUUUAUUCCUCUCGAUAUUAUAGCAAUAAUAUGUCUUGCCUUGACCAUUGCAUUGGCUACCAUUGCUCUCAUUAUUAUCAUUAUGGAUAAAACAUGCCAUACAGUUCCAAUGUUAUUAACUGCAAAUAUAUGUUUAACUGGAUUGUUAUGUGGAAUCGAUACAAUUGGAAUGAAUGGAUUUACAUUAUACAAUGAUCUUAAACAAACUGAAUAUGAAGAUUCGUUUUGUUUUAUUAUUGGAUUUUUCAAUUAUAGUACAUGUGCAUUACAUAAUUAUUCAUAUGUCACAUCCGCUAUUUAUCGCUAUCUAACAAUAGUGCACCCAACUCGUUUAUUUUGGCAAUCAGCACGUGCACAAAUCAUACUCAUUGUUAUAGGAUGGUUUUUAGCUCUUUUAUUUCCUAUUGUUUAUAUAUUUACGAAUGCAAUUGUCUAUAAUGUUGAUAAUCAAAUAUGUCAAGUACCACUUGGAUUUUCAUUCUUAAUUCUUUAUGCACCAUUAUUUAUUUAUAUAGUUCCCGUUCAUUUAGUUAUAUUCAUUUAUAUGAAAUUAGUUCGAUUUGUUCGUGAAAUGAGUCAACGUGUUACUGCAGCAAAUACAUUGUCUCGUGCACAAAGAGAUUUAAAAAUGGUUCGUCGAGUUGUUACUCUUGUUCAGAUUUUAUUUAUCAGUGGUUUUCCAUUAAGUCUAUUUAUUUUUCUAUCAUUCUUUAAUCAUGCACCAAAAUAUCACUUUCGUAUCGGCUUUCUAUUUGUUAAUGCAUCAAUGUUAUUAGUAAAGAUUACAUUAUUUCAAUUUACUGAUCCACUAAAAGCAGCUAUAAAGAAAAUAUUACGUCGUCGAUUGAAUAUAGUGUUACCAA